AUGGGUGGUUGGGGAUACCAAGAAGUUGAGAAUCUGGUUUCAGAAGCGACUGGACUUUCAUUUGCCGGGGGUAGUCAGUUUUUCCGGCCCCAGAGCCUGGAAGUGGUGGAGACGGACUGGGCCAAACUGGUUGGUGGCUAUUGGAUGUCCAUGGUGCUCUAUAAGCACAAGGGGACUGGAAAUCACAUCCUGUUCUACGACUCGCAUUGGAAGCACGGCCACGGGAUGAAGCAGGCCAAAAUUAUUUCAGAAAAGAUCCAGAAGGACAGGGAGAAGUAUGGCUCUCCUCCAACGGUCCUCGUUGGUGAUACGAACCAAUUCUGCAAGGGCUACGAGUUGGAGGCCAUUCGCUACUUGACCGGAAGGGAGGGAUCCUCUCCAGUGGUGUUUGCCGACGUGCAUGAGGAGGACAAAGGAAGAUCCUUCAGUGACACGAACAAUCCGGACUGCAGGGUGGACUUCAUUCUGGCAUCAACUGGGCAGUGGUCUGUGGUACACGCAUCCAUUGAUAGGGUGAGCAUGGGUGCUUGGGGAGCAGCUAGUGAUCACGCACCCUUGCUGGCGCAUUUGGUUCCCAUCUUUGCUGAUUGA